AUGGCCAAAAGUACGACCAUUUUGCUCCAGUGUUGUCUGGUGUUGCUGCUACCAUCCUAUUACAGUGCGCUUGCCAAAAAGGAGGAUAACAAACCCGAAGAGAGCCUUUUCGAGCAGGAUUUGGGUGAUCAGUUCAAGAUAGACGCUUCCACGCAGGGCCUGCAGAAGGUGAACCUACGGUGCGGUGCCGACUCGAUGCGCAUCGAGCUGAAGACGGAGGAAGACUUCCAGGGCGUGAUGUACACGCGGGGCAGCUACUACAAGCAAACGCAACCGUGCUUCGUGAAACCGGAACGGGCCGGCCGCACGCUGGAGAUGAAGUUCAAUCUCGACCAGUGCCAAACGGUCAACAACGGUGAGGUGUACUCGAACAUCGUGGUCGUCCAGCACGAUCCGGACAUUGUUACGCCCGGUGAUGCCGCGUUCGCGGUGGAAUGUGACUUCCGCAAGCCGCGCGGUGUGACGGUCAGCUCGGAGAUCCAGGCACGGGAUAGCGAGGAUGCGACACCGACACCAUCGUCACGCAUUACACUCACCAGUCCGGAUCCGUCGGCAAACACGCAAACACCGAACGAACACAACUCGGUGCACAGUGCAUCCGGCACGGUCACGUUUGUGCCGGCCCGUUUCCGCAAUGGGUCCUCCCAGCUACCGGAACAACGGGUCCGUGGGACGGUCGAAACGGUCGAAAUGCCACGGCACACAACACAACAACACCACGAAGAGGACAAUAAUCACGAUGAGUUGUGA